GUGAGGUGGGACCAGGGAGGCCACACAAGGCCUCUUUUUAAGUUUCCUUAUCCAAUACAGGGCCGUAGAGACGCACCAUGGCCUCAUCGGCGAUUCCCUUCUCCCACCUAAACCUGCAUUUGCCGCUCUCUCGCGCUUCUUUGGCGCGCGCCGACUGUCUGGCCACCACGCGAUGUCGCUUUCCCUCUGUUACUCGCUCAUGUCUUGCUGAUGCUUCGUCUGCUCUACUUCAAGCUGCCAAACACACCGUGGAUACUUACAUCAAAAGUGGGAUGGUGAUUGGAUUAGGAUCUGGUCAUGCUUCUGAUAUGGCCAUACAAUAUUUGGGUCGGCAACUUCGUACUGGUGCUUUAAAAGAUAUAACAGGAAUACCCAUGUCUGUCGCAAGUGCAAGUGAAGCAGCAAAAGUAGGAAUUCCACUGGGCCACUACCAAGAUUGUUCUCAAAUUGAUUUUGCAUUUGAUGAUGCUGACGUUAUAGAAGAAGGAACACUUGUUGCCAUCAUUGGGCGUCGGAGAUUGCAAGGCAAUGAGUCCAUAAUCCAAGAGAAGUCUAUUCUAAAAGCAGCAGACAAGCUCGUAUUUAUCAUUCAGGAGAAGCAGUACAAAUGUGAUCUAGAAGGUUUAAUUCCAGUUUUAGUUCAAUCUUUAAAUUGGAUGGAAACUGCUGAAGAGAUUGAUGACCUAUUUCUAGGUGAUGCAGAGGUAUGGAGGAGACCAUCCAUAGGGCAUGCAGGCCCACUAGGCGGUGACUUCCCAUUAGUCACCAGUGAAGGACACAAUAUUCUGGAUGUCAUAUUUACAUCUCCCAUACUAAAACUGGCUGAAGUGGCUGAAAGCCUUGAUAAAAUUGAUGGAGUUGUUGAGCAUGGAGUCAUUUCCAAAAUCCCAUGCAUAGCAGUGAUUACUUCAGAUAGUGGAAUGUAUACUGUUGACAAUCUGCAAGCAGUGAGAGAACGUUGAUGGUGACGACCUGCAGAACAGAUUGAUAUGGUUUUCUUCUAUUGUUUCAGCACAUAAUUUUUCUGUUGAGCAUUAUUAGGAAAACUAAAAUAUUAUUAAAACAAAUGAAAGGGAAAAGCAUAAAGAAAAAGAAACUUAGAUAGAAAUCCUACUUUUAACUAAGAGGGAACCUUGAGGUUCUGAUUUGAUGUUCCAUUCUUUUCUUCUCUCUGUAUUUUAGCCUGUUACUGAGUUGGAUAUUGAAGCUCUGAAGCUCUAUUUUUUCAUUUGUUAUAAUAAAUUAAGGGAAUUCUGAAAAA